GGUGUCUCCCCGCCAAGCUCCCCUUCUCAACCAGAGAUCUCGUCGGAGUGCGAAUCCCGAGGCACUGGUCGUCGGCGGCGGCGGAGGAGUUCUCCUUUCCCCUUCUUCUUUGUCUCCGGGUGCGCCCGGUGAUCUCUGGAGAUCAAACCCAACGAAAUCGUUGUGGGAAAGUGAAAUGGAAGGGAAAUGGUGCGUGGUUCUCGUCUUGGCGCUGUUGGCCGCGGCGGCUCUUGUUUCUGCGGAUCGGGGCUUGAAGAUCGGAAGCUCGACGGAGAGCGGCGGCGGCGGCGACGAAGGAGGUGGAGUGAGGACGUACUUGUUGCAGGUCGUGGAGUUCUUGUGGCAGCCGGAUGAGUCGUCGUAUCAGCAUGUCUGGCCGGAGAUGAGAUUUGGGUGGGAGAUCGUUGUGGGAUCGUUCAUUGGGUUCUUGGGUGCGGCGUUCGGGAGCGUUGGUGGUGUCGGCGGUGGGGGGAUUUUCGUCCCCAUGCUCACGUUGAUCAUCGGUUUUGAUCCCAAAUCCUCCACCGCCAUCUCCAAAUGUAUGAUCAUGGGUGCAGCAGGGUCUACCGUCUACUAUAAUCUUAAGCUGAGACAUCCAACUCUAGACAUGCCUAUUAUAGACUAUGAUCUAGCUUUGCUUUUCCAACCUAUGCUCAUGCUGGGGAUUAGUAUCGGAGUCAUUUUCAAUGUGAUUUUUGCUGACUGGAUGGUUACUGUUCUUCUAAUAAUUUUGUUCUUGGGCACAUCAACCAAGGCAUUUCUUAGAGGUGUUGAUACAUGGAAGAAAGAGACCAUUGCUAAGAAGGAGGCUGCUAAACAGAUAGCAUCAUCUGGAAGUGAAGAAAUAGAAUACAAAGCAAUUCCUAGUGGUCCUGGAAAUCAUAAAGAAGCUAAGAAGACUGCAGAAACAGAGGUUCCAGUUCUUCAGAAUGUCUGCUGGAAAGAGCUUGGCCUUCUUGUCUUUGUGUGGGUUGCAUUUCUUAUACUACAGAUCACGAAGAAUUAUACAGAAUCUUGUUCAGAAUGGUAUUGGAUCUUAAAUGCGCUGCAGAUCCCUGUCUCUGUUGGGGUGACUUCGUAUGAAGCUGUGAACUUAUACACAGGAAAGAGAGUGAUUGCAUCCAAGGGAGAUGAAGGAACAAGCUGGAAAGUUCUUCAGUUAGUUAUGUACUGCUUAACUGGCAUUCUGGCCGGCAUCGUUGGAGGAUUGCUUGGUUUGGGUGGAGGGUUUAUCUUAGGUCCUCUUUUCUUGGAGCUUGGUGUGCCACCUCAGGUCUCAAGUGCUACGGCCACCUUUGCCAUGACAUUCUCAGCAUCAAUGUCUGUUAUUGAGUACUAUCUACUAAAACGAUUCCCUGUUCCAUAUGCUCUCUACUUCGUUGCUGUGGCCACGUUUGCUGCGUUUAUUGGACAACAUGCCGUCAGGAAGUUGAUCAAUAUAUUAGGGAGAGCAUCAAUCAUCAUUUUUAUCUUAGCAUUAACAAUAUUUGUCAGUGCUAUCUCUUUGGGUGGAGUUGGCAUCUCAAACAUGGUAGUGAAGAUCCAGAGGAAAGAAUACAUGGGUUUUGAUAACCUCUGCAAAUACCAAGUCUGAACUUGAAAGGAUUUUGUUUCGCUGAAAAAAAAAAAUCAGUGAUGAUUAAUACUUAAUUUGUUUUUGUUUUGUUUUUAUUUAGUUGUUAUUUAUUAUUUUUGGAAUCUCAAGCUUGGUCCCCCCAACUCAUGUAUCAAUCUGUCAUUUGUAACAGUGAAUAAAAGAAGUUUUUUUUCUUCUUU